AUGGGCUCUCCAACCCCACCUCCAGCCCUCCCAAAGCAAGACGCAAGCACCUUGGAGGAAUUCCAAUCAACCAGUCAUGACCUGCCUCCUCAGGAGGAAGAAGUCUUCUCUAGCUACAAAUCUCCUUUUGAGUUUUAUCCGCGUUUGCGCAACGUUGCCGACGCUAUGUCCUCCGCGUCUCAGCCUUUGUCUCCAGAUUUCGUCUCUGAUUUGUACCCCACUUCUCUGUCGUCUUUGUCUCCUCAUUCUGAGUCUGUUGAUGCUAAAUCUGUCGAUGCUGCUUAUCAUUCCUAUGUACACAGGCCAGAUCUUAAACCUCUCAAGUUGGCGACUUUGGGCAAAAACCUUGAUCCCAGCAAACGGCUUUGUCGAUAUGAAGUUCCGGGCGGUGGCACCUGCCGUGAUAAUGGCUGUGAAGACAUUCAUUUGAGCAGGCUCGAGGGCGCCAACCAGUUGGGCACAGUUGAGCCGAAUGCGGUUCUUUCCAAAUCUUCUUUCUCUUCUCGAAAUUCUCUUUUAUUUAUUAUCAUCGUACAAUAUUCCAUGCUCUUCUCUGUUCCAGAUGAAGAUACAGCGGAGUAUCUAUUCAAUGUCAUGCCUCGCUCAUGGCUGCGACAAAAUAAUGUCGCGUCCUCAUCCACAAUUAUAUCGGCGAUUCGGAACGUACGUCAAGAUAUCGGGGCCAACUCGCUGGAAUAUGAAGACCGAGUUGCAAAGGCCCUCCAAUCUCUUGGUCCCCCUCCGAAAACAUGA